CGGCCCCGCGCGGGCGGGGUGCGCCGUUGGCGCGAGAUAGGAAAGCGCCGCCGCCGCCGCCUCCUCCCGGCCCCGCCAUGGCGCGACGGAGCCGCGGGGAGGAGCAGGAUGAGCUCCAUUGCCAGGAUACCGACUCGGAUGUGCCGGAGCAGCGGGAUGGAAGGUGUAAAGUCAAGUGGACACAAGAAGAGGAUGAGCAGCUGAAGAUGUUAGUGAGACAUUAUGGGCAGAAUGACUGGAAGUUCCUGGCCAGUCACUUCCCUAACCGCAGUGACCAGCAGUGUCAGUACCGGUGGCUGAGGGUGCUGAAUCCAGACCUGGUUAAGGGCCCUUGGACCAAAGAGGAAGACCAAAAGGUAAUUGAACUGGUUAAAAAAUAUGGCACCAAACAGUGGACCCUGAUAGCCAAGCACCUGAAAGGGCGGUUAGGGAAGCAGUGCCGGGAGCGUUGGCAUAACCACCUGAACCCUGAGGUGAAGAAGUCCUCGUGGACAGAGGAGGAGGAUCGCAUCAUUUUUGAGGCUCACAAAGUCCUGGGGAAUCGUUGGGCAGAGAUUGCCAAGCUGCUGCCUGGCAGGACUGACAAUGCUGUGAAGAAUCAUUGGAACUCCACCAUCAAGAGGAAGGUGGACACAGGAGGCUUCCUUAAUGAAACUAAGGAGUCCAAGUCACUGUACUUGCUUGUGGAGGUGGAUGAGAAGGAAAGCCAAAGUGGAACAAAAGCUGGGAGCCGAGUACUGCAACAGGAUGUUUGCAGCAGGAACGUGCUGCCCAGCUGGCCAGUGGAUAGCUCUGAAAUAAAGGAAGAAGACCUCAGUGAUGAGGAGGUGACUGGUGUGCAGGAGUUACCCUCAGAGCUGCCAGCUGCUGAAGUGGCAGAGCAGAAUCCUGAGGGGACCCCAGAUGAUGUGGUGCCUGAGGAUGCCUCUUUGGUCACAUCCCCAUACAAAUGGGUCGUCGAAGCUGCCAACUAUUUGUACCCAACCUCUGUGCCAGCCUUCACUGAAGCUCUGGACAUGAUUGAAUCAGACCCAGACGGGUGGUGUGACCUGACCCAGUUUGAUCUGCCUGAGGAACCCUCUGCUGGCAGCAGCAGUAGCAGCAGCAGCAACAGCCCUGUCAGGGAAACCCCCAGCAAACCAGUGCCCUCCCUGCCCAACAUCACCGAGUACCGCCUGGACGGCCACACCAUCUCUGACCUCAGCAAGAGCAGCAAGGGGGAGCUCAUCCCCAUCUCCCCCCACGCAGAGGUCAGCUUUGGCACCCCCCCCUCAGUGCUCAAGAGGCAGAAGAAGAGGAAGAUCUCCCUCUCCCCUGUCACAGAGAAUGCCACCAGCACCAGCCUGUCCUUCCUUGACUCCUGCAACAGCAUGACACCCAAGAGCACCCCUGUCAAGACACUGCCCUUCUCUCCAUCUCAGUUCUUAAACUUUUGGACCAAACAGGAUACACUAGAACUGGAGAACCCAUCUCUGACCUCCACACCUGUGUGCAGUCAGAAGGUGAUUGUCACCACCCCUCUGCACAGGGACAAGACCCCUCUGCUCCAGAAGAACUCAGCAUUUGUCACACCAGAUCAGAAGUAUGUGGUGGACAACACUCCUCACACUCCCACACCUUUCAAAAAUGCCCUGGAAAAAUAUGGACCAAUCAGACCUCUGCCACAAACUCCUCACCUGGAAGAAGACUUGAAAGAAGUGCUGCGAAGUGAAGCUGGCAUUGAGCUUAUCAUUGAGGAUGAUGUGAAACCUGAGAAACAAAAAAGGAAACAAGGGCUGCGCAGGAGUCCCAUCAAAAAGGUCCGGAAGUCUCUGGCUCUGGAUAUUGUGGAUGAAGAUCUGACACAGAACACCCCUGCCCUCCCCAAGACUGUCUGCUUCAAAAGAGCCCAGCCUGUGAAUUUCCUGUCAAGGUCCCUGAACCUUUCCUCCUCAAGCAGGAAGAACGACAGUGGUUUGCUCAACAGAGCCUUCGUGCAAGUGCAGCCAGAGAAAAUGUCCUACAGGAAAAUGCCAAGCCACUUCAGACCACCAGCACCAAUGACCAGGGCUUGGAAAGUGGUGGCCUGUGGUGGAACCAGAGAUCAACUCUUGAUGCAGGAGAAAGCUCGACAGUUUUUGGGCACACUGAAACAGAGUCACACAUCAAGGACUUUAAUCUUAUCAUGAAGGAUUGUUUUACUUUUCUAUUAUAUUUUUAAAUUUUUUUUUAUAAGGGGAGGGAGAACCACAGGAAAAAAACCACACUCUGCCAGGCCAUAGUGCAUGGGGGUGGAUUUUUUUCCUUCUGUUCCCAGGUAGAUCUAUUAUUGUAAUAAAAACUGGGCUAACUGCUGGCUAAUAUGUGGAAUGCAAGUUUUGGGAUCAUUAUGGAAAGGCAGCUAAGGAGAGCUGGAGAGCUAACAGCAAGACCUCUCUGCAAGACCUGGGUUCUGCAGAAGUAGAAGCAUGAAGAUGUGUCCUACCUUGGAGCAGUGUGUGCAGCAGAUGGUGGAGAACUGCCUGGACUUCCUGCUGGCUGCUCUGGAACCUCAGGAACAGCUUUUACAAACAGUCCUGUAUGUUUUGUCAACCCUUCUGACCUUCUCCAGGGAUGGGGCUGAUCCCCCUUGGCUCUGGGAGGAGGGAGGGUGGUGGUGUGCACUCGUGGGGGGAUGUGCUCUGGGGACAGAUGUGUUGGGAACAGCCCCUUGGUCCCUGUGGGGCUGUUCAGUACUGCCU